CUGGCAGGAUGGCCUCGCCCCUUAGGAGCAAGUCCUCCGCCCCGCGAGUGGAAAGCACCCGCCACAAGGAGACGUCAACUAUCCGCGUGGAGACAUCGUCCCACCGCGAGGAAACAUCAUCCCACCGCGUGGAGACGUCCUCCCGGCAGGUUCGAACGUCUUCCCGGCAGGUGGAGACCUCUCAGCGGCACCGGGAAGGGCCCUCCCUCACCCCCUCCGCGAAGCGACUCCCUAGAUUCCUCGAGGUGUCCUCCCAGCACGUGGAAACCUCCUCGCAGUGCACGGAAACGUCUUCCAGCCACGUCAGGGUGUCGUCAUCCCUGCGGGUGGAGACGACUGUGCACCGUGUAGAGAGCCCAGCCCGGCGGGACAAGCAAGCUGCCCGCCAGAGUGCCAAAAUGACCCGAUGAAGUGCUACCCAAGGGCCAUGGCCCUUAGCCAGGACUGAAGUGCUUCCAGUUGCCAGCCAGCCAGCUUUCAUGAGAGCCAAGCAUCUUUGGUUUCAUGGAAACAGCCCAUAAAUCAGUGUAAGAAACAGGCUGUGGUUUCUGGGCGCUGCCAACCUGUAUUGACAUUGCAGCACCUUAGACCACCCUGCUGUUGACCCAGUGUACUAUUUAACCUGAAGCCAGCACAGAGGAGUUUCCGACUUGUGGUACUGUAUAUGCCUGGCCGAUGGAUUAAGAGGCCCUUUGAGUCUCUGCACCAGGUAAGUUUUGUAGUCUUAGGUCCGUCUAGAAUGCCAGGUAACUUUUGAAUUCUUAGGUCCCUCUAGAAUGCCUUGACUACUUGAAAUUUGUGAAGAGGCACCAAAGUUGUCACGAAUUCUUGGCCACUGGCUUGAUUAUAUAGUGCAUGAAACCUACAGGGCAAGGAAUUGUCUUUCAUGAAUUAUUAAUUGGUCUUUAUUUGUAUUUCAUAAUAGGCUUUCUUAAGUUUUUAUACAUUGUACUCCACCUACACUUUUUUUCUAAAUAGGUCAGGGGGUGUUAGAAAAAACAAGGCAAGUCAGUUAAUAAAAAAUAACCUUGGAAGGGAAAGGACGAGGAAGCGAUUGACACCUGACCUGAAGUAGGUUGAGGAUGGGUACUGAGUACCUACUGUGUGCUAGGUACUAGUCAGAGCAUGUCAACUAUAAGAGUGGAAAAGACUAAGAUUUUCCUCUAGCCAAGAGGCAGAAAUAAAGGGGAAAGCAAGACAUUGUUCUCUUGUGCUCCUGUGAAGGAAAAGGUGUCUUGUGGUAGAGAGCAGGGAGGUCCUUUAGAGAAUAUGGUCAGGGAAGCCUUGCUAAUUGUGUAACAUUUGAUCUGAGAUUGUGUGGCUGAACAGUGAGCCAUACCAGGAUCUAGAGGAGAGUGCAUUCUAGACUGGAUUCUAGACAGAAGGACAAGCCAGCAUAAAAGGUCGGUGGGAACAAACUGAAGAUGUUUAUGGAACAGAAAGACCAGUUAGUAUAUGAGAGUGUAGUA